CUCAGCAUCAGCACCAGUCCGAGACAUCCUCCUCCUCCUGCUCCUCUGCUCCUCCGCUCCUGCCUCCGUCCACUGCGGAACCACCGGCACCAUCUCGCUCCCGUCGCCCCUGCGCCAGCGGCAGACCACCCAGCUCGCCAUGGACAACACCGGCAAAGAGAAGGAGGCCAUGCAGCUGAUGGCCGAGGCCGACAAGAAGGUCAAAGCGUCCGGAUCCUUCCUGGGAGGGAUGUUCGGGGGGAACCAUAAGGUGGAGGACGCCUGUGAAAUGUACGCCAGAGCAGCCAACAUGUUCAAGAUGGCAAAGAACUGGAGUGCUGCGGGGAAUGCUUUCUGCCAGGCCGCUCGGCUCCACAUGCAGCUGCAGAACAAACUGGACUCCGCCACCAGCUUCGUCGACGCCGGCAACGCCUACAAGAAGGCCGACCCACAGGAGGCCAUCAACUGUCUAAAUCAGGCCAUCGACAUCUACACUGACAUGGGUCGCUUCACCAUCGCAGCCAAACAUCACAUCACCAUAGCGGAGAUUUAUGAAUCGGAGCUGGUCGACAUUGAGAAGGCCAUUGCCCACUAUGAGCAGGCAGCAGAUUACUACAAGGGAGAAGAAUCUAACAGCUCAGCCAACAAAUGUCUGCUGAAGGUCGGACACUACAGCGCUCAGCUGGAGCAGUACCCCAAAGCCGUUGAAAUCUACGAGCAGGUUGCUAUGAACACCAUGGACAAUCCUUUGCUGAAGUACAACGCUAAAGAGUAUUUCUUCAAGGCUUCGCUGUGUCACUUCAUAGUGGACGAGCUGAACGCCAAGUUGGCCAUUGAGAAGUACGAGGAGAUGUUUCCAGCCUUCUCAGACUCGAGAGAGCUCAAGCUGUUGAAGAAACUCCUAGAAGCCCACGAGGAGCAGAACAGCGAGGCGUUCACGGAGGCCGUCAAGGAGUUCGACUCGGUGUCCCGUCUGGACCAGUGGUUGACCACGAUGCUGCUCCGCAUCAAGAAGACCAUCCAGGGCGACGCUGGAGACCUGAAAUAGACAACAAUUUAGAAAGAGGGGAGGGAGACGGGCAGAAAAGGGGAAGAGGGUAAGUAAAGAAAGAAAGAUAAAAGUCUGGGGGGAUUUAAGGGAUGGGGAGGGUGGAACUGAGGGAGUUUACAGCUGUGGAUAUCAGUCUGCAAGUGACCCCCCCCCAACAAACUAAGCAUCACCUUUACACCACCUUUAGAAGACCUCGUGUCCCCCGUCCCAAAGUAUUGAUCUCGUAACACUGGACAGAGAUGUACUUAAGAGAGAAUGAAAAUAUAAAAAGGUUGUGUGUGUGUGUGUGUGUGCGUGUGUGUAUGCGUGUGCGUGUGUGUGUGCGCUGCAGUAGAGUUAAAUGAUAAUAUUUGUUGGGAAAGUGUGAAACUUAUGUGAGAUUUAAGGAUAUAUGUAAUUGAAAAAGGGAUAAUAAUGUUAUUUAUGAGAUUAUCUAUUGUCAAUACUGGGGAAAAAAAUAUUUAUUGUUUAUUUAUGGUGCUCAGUGUUACGAUAUGUCUUAAUAUCUUAGGUAUUAGCCCCUCUGCUGUCCUCUUUUCUUCCCCUUUACCUCCUCUCCUCCUCGUCCUCCUUCUCUUCCAAUGUCCCCCCCUCGUCCUCUCCUCACCCCCCCAUCAUCAACUCAACAAUAUCGCCCAUUGUGGUUCUUUGUGUUGAGGCCAAUGGCCGGUCGGUGCAGUUUGCCCGUCACUGCCUUUGUUUGUGCAUGUCUGUUGUCAUGUGGAUGUCAAGUGUUCUCCGUGUAUCGUGCUAAUGUGUGAACAACAUACAUGUAGCCUGGUGUCAUUUUUGCGUGCAAUCAGUAAAUAUGUAACUCAGAUGCCGAGUUGAAAUAAAAACACUGCAUCGCUCCUGA